CUUUCUCUUUUCACACUGGAUUCACGAGUACUAUCUGAUUACACUUGCACAAACUACUUCAAUACAACUAGAAGCUCGACGUAAUCUCACCAUGUCUUCUACAGACGGAAUGAUCAACGGCGGAGGUUCAUCCUCCAAGGCUGCCGCCCCUGCUGAGGGCAACGGAGGCUUCCAGGCCCAGCACAAGAUGGCCGUCGUACCUCCCAAGAAGGAGGAUCUCCAGCGUAGCUACGCUAGAGUUGUCGAGGACAAUGUCACCCCCGAUGGCUGGUACGCCAGGAUGAAGGAUACUCUUGGUGUUGUCAUCGGAACCAUGGGCGCCAUCCCUUGCUGCAUCAUCUGCCCCAACCCCUACAAGGAAGUCCACCAGGGCAACGUCGGUCUCGUCACCAAGUUUGGAAAGUUCUACAAGGCCGUCGACCCCGGUCUGGUCAACAUUAACCCCCUCAGCGAGAAGAUCAUCCAGAUCGACGUCAAGAUUCAGACUGCAGAGGUUCCUGAGCAGAUUUGCAUGACCAAGGACAACGUCACGCUGCGUCUCACCUCGGUCAUCUACUACCACAUCGUGGCUCCUCACAAGGCUGCUUUCGGCAUCAACAACGUCCGCCAGGCCCUCAUGGAGCGUACUCAGACCACACUUCGUCAUGUCGUUGGUGCUCGUGUUCUUCAGGAUGUUAUUGAGCGUCGAGAGGAGAUUGCCCAGUCGAUUGGAGAGAUCAUUGAGGAUGUCGCCGCUGGAUGGGGUGUUCAGGUUGAGAGCAUGCUCAUCAAGGACAUUGUUUUCAGCCAGGAGCUGCAGGAGUCGCUCUCCAUGGCCGCUCAGAGCAAGCGUAUCGGUGAAAGCAAGAUUAUUGCCGCCAAGGCAGAAGUCGAAUCCGCCAAGCUUAUGCGUCAAGCUGCCGAUAUCCUCAGCUCUGCUCCCGCCAUGCAGAUCCGAUACCUCGAGGCCAUGCAAGCCAUGGCCAAGUCGGCCAACAGCAAGGUCAUCUUCCUACCCGGCGCGAACCAGACCAUGGGCAACGCCCUCAACGCCGCCAUGGCCGCCAACCAGACCGGCGAGUCCAGCAGCGCCCAAGCCGAGGGCGGCUACCAAGACUUUGGAGGUCAGGACCCAGGUUUCCAACAAGCCAUGCACGCUCGCGUCGUGGAGAACAUCUAAAUAUUCUCCCCUCACAUCCCUGGUCUACUUGAUUUCAGAAGCAUUGCUCCCGCUGCUCUCUUCUCGUCUUCAACAAGCAGCAGCGCUACAUCUCCCGUUGCAGCGGAGAUGCUCGAGCGUUACUCUUUCAAACCCCAUGAUUUGUUACGACUUGUUUCCUGUUACGCCUGCGUCGUGUUUUGCCUUUCGAUACCCUCCUCGACAACCGAAAAUCGCGCGCCUUGACUUUUUUAAACUUCUGAUGUAUGUAUUUUACUUUGGUUUCUUUUAUGUGGAGGAAAGGGGUGACUUGGGUGCGGUUUGGUGGGAUACCCAGGUGUGCUCGACGGGGCAGUCUUAAUGAAGACCAAGUCACCAGGAUUAUGAGAUUAUGCCGUGGUUUAUGUUAUGGAGGAUACCCCGAUCGUUACGUCAAUCAAACUCGUUUGCGCUAUG